AACUCCAUUUCGUUGCAGCUAUCGCACUUUCACCUGAACUUUCUGCUGCUUUUUUCCUACAAAACACCCCCUUUUCGAUCAUGGGGGUUUUACCCUAUUUUUAUCAAUUUUAAUCGCCAGAUUACGAUUUCUCGAUCCUGACCCCAGCGCUCCGUCGAUGAUUUUGAUCACCUGGUCAGAUUACGAUUUAUAGAUCUCAAACCCUAAUCCUUAUUGCUUGGCAGAUUACGAUUCUAGAUCCCAAACCUUAACCUUAAUAAAACUCCAUCGAUGGACGGCAACAAAGACGACGCAUUAAAAUGCCUGCGGGUUGGAAAAGAAGCACUUCAAUCGGGAGACAGAACCCGAGCCCUAAAAUUCCUCAACAAAGCUCGCCGCCUCGAUCCCUCUCUCCCCAUUGACGAUCUCUUAUCCACUGCCAAAGAAUCCUCUCACAAUCCUAAAACUGAUGCCGAGAGCUCAACCGCUGGUUCAUCUUCAUCGUCACCUUCAUCAAGUUCAGCUAGGGUUAGGGUUUCUUCAAAGGGAUCAGCGGCAAAAGAUUACACUGAGGAGCAACUGACUAUUGUUCACCAGAUCAAGAAGCAGAAGGAUUACUAUCAGAUCUUAGGAUUGGAGCGCAGUUGUACAGUUGAAGAUGUUCGAAAAGCCUAUCGAAAGCUCUCUUUAAAGGUUCAUCCUGAUAAAAACAAGGCUCCGGGAGCCGAGGAAGCCUUUAAGGCAGUCUCCAAGGCUUUCCAGUGCCUUAGCAAUGAGGAAACUAAGAAAAGAUACGAUCUUGUUGGGUCCGAGGAGCCAAAUUACGGUAGAGCUCCUUCAAGGCAACAUUCACAUGGAUUCAAUGGAUUUAAUGGAUUCUAUGAUGAUGAAUUCGAUCCCGAUGAGAUCUUCAGGAAUUUCUUUGGUGGAGGGCCUCGAGCAACCACUCCUUUUGGUACUUUCCACUUUAGAACAGGCGGCAUUAAUGUCCCAAAUGGUAAUGGAACGAACAAUUCCGGUAAUGGAAAUCUACGGGCGAUUAUUCAAAUGUUACCAGUUAUUCUUUUGAUUCUAGUGAACUUCCUCCCGUCAUCAGACCCUGUAUACACAUUGUCUCGUAAUCAUCCUUAUGUACAUAAGAUUGAGACACCAAGGGGAGUGGCUUAUUUUGUUAAGUCUUUAGCUAAGUUCGAAAAAGAGUACCCUUAUGAUAGUUCACAGCGCAAGGAUUUGGAGAGGCGUGUUGAGAGGGAUUAUGUUGGUGUUGUUUCACAGAAUUGUCGGGUUGAGAUGCAGCGAUAUCAUUGGGGUUUGGUGCGCGAGACGCCACAUUGUGACAUGCUUGAGAAGUAUCAGGCAACAGCUUAGUUUUAUCUUUACUGAAGGUGGAGAAGAUAUCAUUUAUAUCCUACAGCUGGUCCAGGAUUAAGACUUUUUGAAGGAUUGGAUCUGUUCUCUCCCAAGAGAAUUCUACCUCUUAACAUUUGCGUCUUCAGACGAAUCAGUUGAAAUAUAUUUUCCUGAACAUAUAUUUUUCUCCUUGAUCGUACGGUACCCUACAAGUAUUAUUGCCUACAAGUAGUAUUGCUGUAAAAUCAGAUUACGACGAUAGCCAACUUUGUUUUGGCUAAUUUUUUACCUUAAACCAUUACCAUUUUUAUGCUGUCAUAGUAAUAAAUGUGUGAAAUCUUCCUUCUUCUUGA